AGGACAGCACACACACAUAUAGAGAGAGGCAAGGGAGGGGAAAGAGAGAGGGAGAGAGGGAGUGGGGAAUGAGGGAGCGCUCUUAAAGCGACCCUUCCUCGCCUCUCCCAGUCGCUUGCAGUGGCGCAGGGCGUAGGUACGGCAGUGAUUGCAAGUCGGCGAGAAGGGGCACGAGGCUGGAGGACGAACGCGGACUGGCAAGGGGAUUGCUUUUUUGUGUUUUGGAGGAGGAGGAGGGGGUGACGUGUAGAAGAUGUCUUACGACGAUGCAUAGUUGGGAGUGGUGGUAUUAUUGUAUUUCUUUGAAAUAAUUGUAUUUUUGUAGGUUUGGUCUAGGCAGGUACAUGUCGCAAAGCCGGCGUAAUUGGUGGACUAAUUAAUUACCCCGUCAGUAGUAUCUGCGUGCUCCUCCUCCUCCCCAUCACCACCACCCCAUCCCCACCACCAGCACCACCACCACCCCAUCCUCGGUCCUUUAUCCCCACACCCCACUCCAACACCUUCACGCUCUCUCGCUCGCUCUCUCGCUCUCUCUCUCUCUCCCCGUGCGUCCUCCUCCCCCCGUCUGCCAGAGAGACUGCACAUUUCAUCGCAACGUGCACACCGCGGCGGACCAUCGAGCCAAGUGAGGGCUUCCUCGUAGGUGGCGGCCGCCGCUACGUUGUGUGACCCCCCCCCCCCCCACGAAGAUUUGAGAUAAAGAGACAACAGGAGAGAGAGAGGAGACGGGGGUCUGGGGGUGGAGGGAUAGAAGCCAACGUAAUCUACACGCCGAGUCGAUGCCCCAUAUCUCGGGGGACCCGGGAGCGACACCGGUCGAGUCUUGGCUACAAGCGGCGGAGGAGGAGGAGGUGGACGUCGAAGAAGAAAAGGAAGCACCGCGCGUGGGCUCUUUGACCAAACGACGGAGCUUUCGUCCGGAGAGGGGAAGCCGCGAAACGUCAGACUUCAUGUGCGGGAGUUAAUUAUUUGCCAGCGGGCGCGUUUUUGCUGGGUUGGUGUUGGGUGGUGUUGGAGGAGGAGGGGUAGGAGGAGGAGGAGGAGCGGCACAGAUUUGUGUGGCCGUGCUGCCCGCAAGCGUUUUCUCUCGAGGACACCUCUAACCCGCCGAGGAGUCGGAAGAGGACCCUCGGCUUGCGCCUUCUCGCUCGCCCAGUCACCUCCGCCACACCUCCCCUCGCUCGACACUCUCUCGCCCGGCCCCCCCUGCCCUCUCUCUCGACGGCUUCUCGUUCCGUUUGAAUCCUUCACAAUAACGCCGAACGACUGCCUCCACAAUCCGCCACGAGACAGAGGAGGAGAGGGAGAAUGCGCCCCGAGUGAAAUACGCGGACAAGCGAGAAGCGGAGAAAGGACCGCGAACGGAACGCAAUAAAGGACGAUGGUGCGAGAAUGAAGGCGCGCGGUCGCCGUCGGGAAGGAUGCGUCGGCGUCCGUUUGACCUCCUCUGCUGGCUGCUGCUGGGGCCCUGGAUCGCCGAGCCCUGGCUGGCCUUGCCAUCGCAGGCCAUCGGACCUGGCCCAGCCUCCAGAAUUUUGCAUUCCCUCUCUCAGCAGCAGCAGCAGCAGCCAAAGCAGCUGCAGCAGGUGUCGCAACAGCAGCAACAGCAGCAGCAGCAGUUGAGAGGUGGCGGCACGGAGCCUCUAUCAUGGCUCCUGGCUGAGAGAGGGCCGUUCCACCACGCUCCGGAAUAUUCCUACUUCAGCGACUGCUACCGCCAGGGUUUCACCACCCGCUACCGCAUACACAGGGAGUUUGCGCGAUGGAGGGUGAACAACGUGGCGAUCGGCCGGCAGGAGGGUCUGGGCGCCCACGUGGGACUCGCCCCCGAGUUCCUGCAGACGCUGCGCCGGCUCGGCCGCCGGCCGUCGGCGCAGCAGCUCACCGACGGGCUCAUCCGGCGCUACGGCACGCACGUCCUGCUCUCCGCCACGCUUGGAGGGGAGGAGGCGCUGACCGUGUACGUGGACCGAGGGAAAGUGGACAAGCAGGUGGAGAACGCGACACAGACGCAGGAGCUGCUCCACCAGCUCACGGCCGCCUACUUCAUCGACCGCGACACCACGGUCCGCCGCCUGCACGAGAUGCAGAUCUCCACGGGGCACAUCAACGUGAUUGAGACGAGGAAGGGUCCCCUCGGAUGCAGUUCCUACGAAAACCUGGACCUGGUCAGUUCGGUUCUUAUCCAGACGCCGGAGAACAAGUUACAGCUUCUUGGCAUGCAGAGCAUCCUGCCGGCGUACCUGCGCGAGCGCUUCGUGCGCGCGGCGCUGGGCCACGUGCUGUGCGACGGGCAGGGCUGGUUCGAGUGCCGCGGCGCCGCCUGCUCGUGCCGCUGCCACGCCGCCUUCCCCGAGUGCAACUGCCCCGAGGCCGACGUGCGUGCCCUGCGGGACACCCUGCGCCGCCUCCGCCAGAAGUGGUCGGCGGCCUACGAGGCAUUCGAGAACUCUGAGGAGUUCCGGGCGUUUGUGCGCCGCCUGCCCUCGAGCCGCUUCCUCUCGCGCUCCGAGCUCUACCAGCUGUGGGCGUCUGAGCGGGAGCUGCAGCUGCAGUACGGCCGCGUCCGUGUCUACGCGGCCGGCGUCCGCGCCAGGGCGGAGCGCACGGCGCGACGGAUUUACUCGCUGAGUCGCACCUGCGACAGCAACCCCACUGUGCAGAUGCCGGCUGAGAGGCCGCUGUCCGUCUGGCUGGAGCGAGUCCAAUCUCUCCUCUACUGCUCGGGCCACGGAGCCAGCGGCGUCGCCAGCGGCGGCACCGGCGGCUCCGGCGGCCCCGGCGGAAGUGGCGGCCGUUUCUCCGAGGAGUCCGGCGUGUGCGUGUGUCCCGCCGGCUCGCCAGGCCCCGCCGUGUGCCAGCAUCCGCUUCCGUGCCGGACGGGGCCCGGCACGCGCUGCACGUCGUGCGACCGCGGCAACGCGACGCGGUGCGGCGGGUGCGGCGCCGGCUACACGCUGGCGCCCGACGGGACGUGCAGACCCCAGGCGGCGCGGCCGGACGAGACGGAGCUGUUCAUCGACUUCGAGUCGGACCUCGACCUGCAGGACCUGGAGCUCAAGUACCUCCUGCAGAAACGAGACCACCGCCUCGUCGUCCCGGACGCAGCCUUCGUGAGCAACGAGCUGCACCUCGACUCGUGGUUCGACCCGCUCUACCGCCGCCGCAUGCUCAUCAGCCUGCGCAGCAACCGCCACCGCCCCACCUCGCUGCACGUGCUGCUGGGCAUCAGCCUGCACGUCUGCCACGCGAAGACGGGCGCCGGCCGUUCGGGCGGGGGCGGCAACAGCGGCGGCGGCGGCGGCGGCGGCGCAAACGGAACGGGCGGCAGCGCGGCGCGUGGGGAGCCGCUGCUCACCGUCUCGGUGAACCCCUUCGGCGGCAGCCACUCAGAGAGCUGGCAGCUGCCGGCCGGGAGGGACGGCUACCCCGGCUGGGAGAAGGUGCGGCACCCGGAGGCCGGGCCCGCGACGGGCUCGGGCGCCGCCGGCGCCUUCCCGCCACCGGGCACCGUCGUGCAGUGCCACAACUGGACGCUGAGCCUGGGCAACCGCUACAAGUCGUUCUUCGAGACGGUGCACAUUUACAUGCGCAGCAGGGGAGGCCUGAAGUCAGGUGGGCUCCUGACCAACAACCGGACGGAGAGCAGCGAAUCGGCCGACACGUCCGACCCUCCGGCCAAGUCCCAGCCACCACCGCCACCUCCGCCGUCGCCCCGCCGCGGCUUCAUGAAGAUUACAUCGGUGCAGGUGUUCGGCUACCGCCUGCCCUUCAACGCCGAGCUGCUGCGCUCUACCGUGAUGCGCUCCGGCCAGGUGCAGGCGCAGGGAGGCGCCGCUAUCGCCGCCACCGCCGCCCAAACCCAGCAGCAGCAGCAGCAGCACCAGCAGCAGCAGCAGCAGCAGAUGCUGGCGCUGUCCGAGCUGCGGGCUCGAGUGAACUGGCUGGCGCCGGCGACGCGCCACCCGCCCUACGACCUCUUCGGGUGUCUCCUGCGCCACCGCGUGCGUCUCAACGGCACGGAGGUGGCGCGGCUCAACCAGGCGCUGGACGCGUUCGAUUCCGCGGCGCUGCUCAUGCCCGAGACGGAAAGGACAAAGCUCUGCACGUAGUCGUCCGGCGCGGCGAGCCCUUGCUUCCGUCGACGAGGGAAUUUUAAGAGAGGACGAGCGAGAGCGAGAGCGAGAGAGAGAGAGAGAACGAGCGAGCGAGAGAGAGGAGGAAUGAGCGAGAAGAAAUUAGAAGAUGAGGAUAAAGAAAUGAACAUAUAUGUAUAUCUGUCUAUAAAAGUCGAACGAUGCAAAGAUGCGCUCGCGCGCGGAUCAAAACGCACGACGUGAAUGCGUUUUGAAGCGGCGUCGGAAACGUUUUUGAGAACAAGAUAUCGCAUAUACAUCGGGUUCAUGUUCCACGAGCAGAUCACCCAGAAAUGCACCCCUAAUGAUUCUCAUUUACAUUUGUUUUAACAUUCGCACACAAGAGAUCGUGUUCGCCAGAUUGUUGAAAGACGCCCAGGGGAGUAAGACGCCCAGGGGAGUAAGAC